GUCCGAAUUGAACACAUUUCGGGACUUGGGUUGUUCGUAACACGCCACCCCGAAGGCUAAACAAUCCUAUCCGCAAUACCCACAUUUUAAUGUAAUUAAUGUUUUUGUGUUUUUGUGUUUUAGGAUGUUUAGAAUCAAAUGGAAGAAAACCUAUCCAAAUAAACUUCAAUCAUCAGGAUUUGAGCAAUCAGAGAGAAACUCCUUCACGUCCACUCGUUUUGCACGUAUACAAGCUUAAUAGAGGAGCAAGCUGCUGAAGCUAGCAACUCUGAAAAUAGACAUCAAUUGGCGAGCAACUAGUCGGCGUGGAAGCAAGCAACUGACAUAAAUUGAAGCAAGUGGCUGAAGCUUGCCAAAUGUCACAUAGCCUGGUGGUAAAAGAGGCGGAUUAGUAACAGAGAGGUCUUAUGUUCGAUCCUCAUCGCUGCCAUGGUGUUCUCAGAGACACCGCGCAUUUGCCCGGGAUGCUGGCGGAGGUCCCGGGGUUUUUCCCGCCUACGAUAUCACCAAAAGUAGUGACCUUGGAGGGUGUUCGUCGUCAUAAGAAAAGGACAAGCUUGCCUGGGAAAACUAUCUCUGGAUACAAAGAUAAAGCUAGAAGCUGGAACAAGUGGAGGUCGCAAAUGAUGCAGGCAAGAAGCUGGUGAAGUGGGUCUGGACAAAUGAAAAUGGAAAUUAAUUGGAAUUGAAAGCAAUCAGGUGUCCGUUGUCUGUGGACACUGGACAUGAAUGAAACAAAUUGCUUAAGCUAACAGCCUUCGAGUGGGACGAUUGCACAAGUGGGUAUUCUUCAAUUUCCUGGACCGGUCCAAAUUUCUUCUAUAAAUAGAGACAUCCCUAGUUCAUUUUUGAGGAAGAGGGGAAGUGAAGGCCAAAGCUCUGCUUCGAGCCUUGGUUGGGUCUAAACUUUUAUCGUAACUUCCCAUUUUCUUUCUUCUUUUCCUUAUCGAUGUAAUUUUUAGGAUUAAUACUGACUAGCCUUUACCGUCACACUAGAAAAUGGCCAAGUGCAACCACCUACUAGUGCGUAGUAUAGCGGGUUUAGGUUUUAAUGUCAACCCGGGCCCUAAGUGUGAUGAGUACUCCGUGAAUUCUUAUUAUUUAGCAGUGAAACUGUAGUUAAGGUCCAAUUAAACAAACAAGCAAAGCAGUAAAAGGUUGUUUUCAAGUUGAGAGAGGUCACCCAGAUAUGGUUCCCCCUAGACUACAGUUAAGCCAGAUUGUAAUUUACCAAGUUCGAAUUCAAAGAUAGUUAUACUGCGGGAGGUUCUUAAACAGUCUGCAGUCUCGACUAAAGCUCUCCAGACCCUCUCAAUCAGAGUCCCCAACGGGCGACUAACCUCCACCGGAGUAAACAAAUUGAGGCCCUAACGAACCAAACCUCCUCUAGCGAAGUAAAUCCGGUACAUAAUAGUGAAUUGACUCCUCGACUAAAGUCAUCAAUUCACAAUCUUCAAUCAAGGGUGCUCUAUCAACCUAGGCGGAUAUUCUCUUUCUAGGUCAAAGUAGAAAUAACAGGAAUUUGAUCAGGAUUCAUGCCAUUCAACAAUCAGACCUCAAUUGAAUAUAAUCAACGCAAUGGAUUCAUACUUUGGUUCAUACAAUCAGACCUAACAUACAAAUCUAGGGUUCUUCAUACCCAGGUGAAUGUAAAAGUUACUCCAUGGAGAGAGAAGCAAACUCUAGCUCAGAAGUAGAAAACAUGCUGUGAAGAAUGAGGUUCUGCUCCUGGUCGUCAAUCGGCACUUCUCCAAGCGUUAUCCGAGCUCCACUAAUGAUGAAGAUCGAUCUAAGGCGCUUGGGAACUCUGGUUCGUCGCUUUCUCUCUCUAGGUAUCACUUUCUUUCUCUAAAACUCGGACCUCCCUCAAAACUUGCCUUCUUUCCCUUAAAAUCCAGCUGCUCGCGAUCCCGGGCCAUAAUCCCCGGUCGGGUAUUUCAGGUGCCCGGUCGGGGAUUUCGAAAUGCAACGCAGCGGUGAAGGCCUUAAUACCCGAUCGAGGUCCAGAAUACCCAAUCGGGUAUUUUAGCUCUCUGGCCGGGGGCCCUUCUGCCUUCUGGGUGCCCAAAAUCGAUUUUCCCCGGCCUCUUCAGAAUUUUACCCGGCCGGGUAUUAUUGCUCAUGGCCGGGUAUUUUGCUCCUCCAACACCCUUCAACUCAAACGUCCUCCUUUUGACCCGAAACUCGUUCCUUCGCCUUAAUGUCAACGCCAAGCCCUGAAAUAUGACAUAAACACACAACCUAGCGUGAAAUCGGCUUAAAACACGAGAAUCUCUUCUCCAACAACUCAAGAAUAGGGGUAUAAACAUGUUUAAUUAUU